AUGGAGUCUACAGAAAUCCCCAAGCUCGGUUUGGUGAGGCAGAUGGCUUCCUCGGGUUUGAGCAUGAACCAUGGCAGCAGACGUGGUGAGAUGAGGGGGCUCCCUGGCACCUUAGCACCCAGCUCAAGACGGACCCUCCAGUGUCCUCGGCCUUGCCUGGGGUGUUGUGGGGAGUGCUCCCACAUCCUGCCUGAGAGGGCGAUGACUGGCCCCAGAACCAUUCCCACCUCCCUUAGGGCUGAGCCUGCCUGCCCUCCCACCCCUGUCCUGGAGCCCAGAGUGGUGCCUCUGCCUCUGCCCUCAGAGAGGAGAGGUUUCCAGGGCACACCUGAUGGUUCACAGCACAAUUCAGAUGAUCUGGAGCACAAUUGUGAAGCACAGCCCUCCCCUCUCGCCCAGGGCCUGACUCUCUUGCUAGUGGCAGCUUCUCUCCUGGAACAGGGGUCCGUGGAGUUCAGGGGCUCACACGGAGAAAGUGGUAAUUUCACUGCCCCUCCGGGCCACCGCCACUCUCCUUGGAUAAGCACAGCCACCCGGCGUGUGUGGACACCUCAGAAACCUUUCCCAGGCUGCCGGGCCAGCGGCAGGGAGGGCCGCAUGCAGCGCUGGGGACACGAAGCUGCCCAGGGCAAGAGCCUGGGCUCUGUCCGGGCCCCAGCCUUGAAGCAUCCCCACCCACGCUUACCUUCACUCCCCCAGGAUAGGGUUGUCCUCAGAGUGUAG